AUGUCCCCCCACUUCAUGUCCUUUUUCUCUUUUCCUCUGCUCGAUGCAGACAGCUUCACUGGCCAAGGCUCAGCCACACUGGCUCAUGAAAUGAAUUGCCGGCACAGCUGCUCUGAGCUGCUGCAAACCUCUCAGAUCCCUCCGGCACUAGCCGAUUCCGCCUGGGGGAGGGUCCUUGGGUUGGAGGAAGCAGGUCUGCAGGUGGUGGCUAUUGGGAGGUUGUUCCUGGAGGUGCUUGAGAGGCUGCAGCUCACCAAUGGAGCCCUGGGGCAUCUAUGUCUGCACUUGUCUGUCUGGCCAGGCUUGAUCCUGGGAGCACCCUCAGCACCCAGGUGUUCAGGAGGAGUCUGCAGUACCAGUGUCCCAGAAGGCUUCACUCCUAAAGGGAACCAGGUAUCUCAGGACAAGGACAUCCCUGCAAUUAACCAAGGGCUUAUCUCAGAGGAGACACCAGAAAGCAGCUUCCUGGUUGAAGGUGACAUCAUUCGGCCGAGUCCCUUCCACCUGUUGUCAGUGACCAACAACAAAUGGCCCAAGAGUAUUGGUGGCGUUGUGGAGAUCCCCUUCUUGCUCUCCAGCAAGUAUGAUGAGUCCAGCCGCCGAGUCAUUAUGGAGGCCUUUGCUGAAUUUGAACGUUUCACGUGCAUCCGGUUUGUUGCCUACCAGGGCCACAGAGACUUCAUUUCCAUCCUUCCCAUGUCAGGGUGCUUCUCUGGUGUGGGUCGCAGCGGGGGGAUGCAGGUGGUGUCUCUGGCACCCACUUGUCUCCAGAAGGGCCGGGGCAUUGUCCUACAUGAGCUCAUGCAUGUGCUUGGCUUCUGGCAUGAGCAUUCACGGGCAGACCGGGACCGUUACAUCCGAGUCAACUGGAAUGAGAUCCUCCCAGGCUUUGAAAUCAACUUCAUCAAGUCUCGGAGUAGCAAUAUGUUAGUACCUUAUGACUACUCGUCAGUGAUGCAUUAUGGGAGGUUUGCCUUCAGCUGGCGUGGGCAACCCACCAUCAUACCACUCUGGACCCCCAGUGUGGCCAUUGGCCAGCGAUGGAACCUGAGUGCCUCAGACAUCACCCGAGUCUGCAGGCUAUAUAACUGCACCCAGAGUGUUCCUGACUCCCACAGGAGAGGGUCUGAGGCCUACAGUUAUGGAAGAAGCCUCACUCCUGCUUCUCUAUCACAUCUACAAAGACUUCUGGAGGCACUGUCAGAAGAAUCUAGAAGCUCUGCCCCCAGUGGCUCCAGGACUGAAGGCCAGGGUAUUAUUCCUGGGCUUGUAGACAGCCAUCAAGGAUGGGAGCACCCUGCUCAGAGCAAGUUCAGUAUGGAGGCCUUGGCAAGACCACCCCAAAUGCUAGAUGUCUCUCCAAGGUCAGGGCGUGGAGCAGGUGCAGACGGUAUUUCUCUAGAGCAGUUUCAGGCAGCCCAAGUGCCCACUGUACUUCCCACUCCAUCUCCCCAAACCAGAGACCAGCCAGCACCUAUCCAAGAUGCCAUGGAGAGCCUAGCUCUGCUUCCAGGAGGUUGCGCACCUGGAACUCCCUUCAGAGAGGUGCCCAGACACUGAGCACCUGCCCCCAGGUGGGGAGGGGAUAUUCUGUCCAGUCCUUGACCCCUCUGGGCAUCAUCCCUGCCUCCUAUCCCCUGCACUGGUCACUUUUGAAGACUCAGGUCACUCCCAUGGUCUUUUCUCCACCACAUCUCAUCCCCUGUGAAGUUUCUAGAGAUAGAGA